AUGUGGGCCGCGCUGCCGCUGCUCUGCGCCGGGGCCUGGCUGCUGGGGCCCCUGGCCCGCGGCGCCCCCGGCCUGUCCGUGCGCACCGCAGAGAGGUUUCGCUUUAAGUCAUGGAUGGUGCAGCACCAGAAGAUGUACAUGGCGGCCGAGUACCAGCACCGGCUACAGACCUUUGCCAACAACCAGAGGAAGAUCAACGCCCACAACAGCCAGAACCACACAUUUACAAUGGGAGUCAACCAAUUUUCAGACAUGACAUUUGCUGAAUUUAAACACAAGUAUCUUUGGUCGGAGCCUCAGAAUUGCUCAGCCACCAAAAGUAACUACCUGCGGGGCAGGGGUCCCUACCCACGCUUUGUGGACUGGAGGAAGAGUGGGCAUUUUGUCUCGCCAGUGAAGAAUCAGGGCAGCUGUGGCAGUUGCUGGACCUUCUCCACCACGGGGGCCCUGGAGUCCGCGAUCGCCAUCAAAACGGGGAAGAUGCUGUCUUUGGCGGAACAGCAGCUGGUGGACUGUGCCCAGAACUUCAACAACCACGGCUGCCAAGGGGGGCUCCCCAGCCAGGCCUUCGAGUACAUCCACUACAACAAGGGCAUCAUGGGUGAGGACACCUACCCCUACAAGGGCAAGGAUGGCAAGUGUAAGUUCCAGCCGGAAAAGGCCAUCGCCUUUGUCAAGGACGUGGUGAACAUCACCCUCAACGACGAGGAGGCCAUGGUGGAGGCCGUAGCCCUGUACAACCCCGUGAGCUUUGCCUUCGAGGUGACUAACGACUUCAUGCUGUACAGGAAGGGCAUCUACUCCAGCACUUCCUGCCAUAACACUCCGGACAAAGUGAACCACGCGGUGCUGGCUGUUGGCUACGGAGAGGAGAACGGGAGACCCUACUGGAUCGUGAAGAACUCCUGGGGCCCCCAGUGGGGGAUGGACGGGUACUUCCUCAUCGAGCGUGGGAAGAACAUGUGCGGGCUGGCCGCCUGUGCCUCCUACCCCAUCCCGCUGGUGUGAGCCCGGGAGCAGCAGUGACCAUCCCGCGGAGACAGGGAGGAACUCGGGCAGCCUGGGUGCUGGAGGACGAGCUGGGGGAGCCACCCAGGGCCUCACUCUGCAUCCUCACCCCGAGGGGAGAGGAGGGAUUCCAGCAGCAAGCCCACCUUGCCUCCUGACCAAAGGUGACCACCAGCCGUGUGCCUUAGGCUAGUUUUGAACGGGCUCCUACGAAGAAUAUUCUUUAUUUCCAGAGGGCUGCUCUUCACCUUCUGAGCGCGCUCUGGUGACCUCUUCUUGGCCUUUAUUCAAUAAACAUUCAGUGAGCACCUC